AUGUUUCGAGGACUGCUGGUGCUCCUGCUGGCGGUGGCCUGGAGCCAGGUGGAUGCGGCCACCCAUGUGAACAUCUCGAUUGCCCAGCAACCGGCCACGAAUCCGGCGGACGUCAAGUACGUAGAGGGCAAUGCUCCGGCGGAACUGAGGGCGGGGCCUCAGAGGGACGAGGACAAGCAGUUCCAGCGCAUCCAGGAGCGCCAGCAGCAGGUCCAGAGCCAGUCCCAGUCCCAGCUGCAGCAGCAACAGAUGGUGCAAACCCAGCGGCAGGAACAAUCUCCUCAGCUCUCCCCCCGCCAGGGAUUGGGACUACAGCCCCCGGCUCAGACGCCCAUGUUCAAGAACGGUCGGAUUCCCCGGCGACGCAACCAGAGCAGACGCCCCUCGCUCCACCAGCAGCCACCGAGUCCUCACAGCGGCCAGUUCCGUCAGCGCAACCAGCAGCUCCGCCAGAACCAGGAGUUCGAGCGGUACAUCCAGUCCUACCACAGCCACGGACCCACUGUGGAGACGGUCUACGAGUCAUCGAAUCCCGCCCCGCAGCGCUACACCCAAACCAGCUCCAGCGUGAGUUCCUCUUCCUCCGUGGAAGAUGCUGCCCCCCAGAAGCUGGUUACGAUUGGAGGAGGUCGCCGUUCCCAGCAGCUGCGCAUGUUCGAGCGCCAGGUGGCUGCUCCCGUCUCCCAGCAGGGACAUAGUGCCAAUGUGGAGGUGGCCCAGGACAGCAAGCCCAUCUACGAGCCAGCCCAGGCGCCCAUCCAAACGGCCAGCAUUGCGCCGGCAGUGAGCUCCAGUUCAUCCUCGUCGUCCUCGGGAGGUGUCAGUUCCUCCUCCUCAGCCUCUUCCGCCGGUGCUCCUGCUCCCGCCAAUCCUCCUCUGCCCUCGGACCCCUCUUCUGGCUACGAUUCCUCGUCGGGCUUCAACCCAGCCACCAGCUACAAUCGCCCUAGCUACGAUCCCAAUGGCUUUAGCUACGAGGAGGGACAGGAGGUGGACUACCAGGAUCAGUAUCCACCAGAGGUGGACGAUGGUCUGGGCUACGAGGACUAUGCCGACCAGUCGGGCUAUCAGGGCGGUUCGGGCUACCUACCACCAGCUCCCUCGAGGGGCUACUCUCCGCCACAACGUCCCCUAGUGACCAAAACCAUCCAGAUUGUGCAGCCAGCGCUGAAGGCCAAGAAGUACGAGGUACGUCAUCCGGCCAUUCAGAAGGAAUUCUAUGACAUCGAGGAGCGGGUGGUGAUCAAGCCGGCGGGAACUUUGGUCGUGGAACUGGAGCACCCGGUGGCCAAGAUUCCCAAAGGAGAGACCCUGCUGCCCCUGGGCCAUCCUCAUCCCGCGGUGGCUUCCGCCUACAACAACAACAACAAUGGACAGAUCCAAACGCAGACGUAUAACCAGAAUGUUCCCGAGUACAGGCCAUCGUAUGAUGCAGCUCCGGCUGCCAAGGAUCAACAGACCACCACCAUUGGCUCCAGUGUGACCACAAUGCCCUCCUACGACCAGGCACCCAAGGAUGACUUCGUGGAGGCCCGACUGCAACAGCAGCAGCCCCUGGGAGAUGUCACCGAUGGCGCUAAGAGCAGUCCCUCCUUCGUGACCGGAGUGGAUCCCAAUGGCAAUGCCAUCAAGAUCAACGCCAAGCACCUCUCACCCAACAUGAUCCAGCGGGCGGAGCCCGAGCAGGACUACUCCCGAUCUGGUCAGAGGGUCUAUCAGCAGCAGCAGCAGAGGACCAACUUCAAUCGCCAGCCGUACAGCGAGGACGAUGACUACUUCUCCGGCGAGUAUCUGCCCAAUGUGAGUGCCGGCAGUGUGGAGGCCAAGCCAGCGCGACUGGAACUGGCCGAGGAGGAGGAGCGACCCACGCAGAUCAUCAAGCACGAGCACAAAAUCCAUCUGCCGCCCUCGCAGCACAACAUUUACCUGGGACACAGCCGUCAGACGCCGCUCAAGGAGCGCAGGAUCCAGGAGGUUCCAGCCCAGGUCACCGAGGUCAAGCCCUAUCUCAGGAAGCACGUGGGUCCCACGGUGGUGUACGCCAAGUCCCAGACUCCCAGGCCCUACUACAAUCAGCCAUCCAGGCAGCGGGUUGCCGAGGAGCUGGACUACAGUGCGCCCUACUCCCAGAUGAGAUUCAGCCCGGAGGGCCAAUCCUCCAGGCUCGUUCAGUCGCCCCAAGUGAGGUACAAUGCGGAGAGUAAGUCCUCCAGGCUGGUAGAGGCGCCCAAGAGGGAGGAGGAGCCCAAGAAGGAGCAGCACAACACGCACAUCCAAAUCCAGAUAGCCAAUGACCAGGAGAAAUCGGCCGUGAUGGCCACCACAGUUGCUCCCGACUGCGAUAGGGUGCAGCAGCGAUCCGAGUUCAGGGAGCAGAAGUCCCAGCGAUUGGUGGAGGCGCCCAGCAACUCCGAGGUGUCCGCCACUCAGGCCACUCCGUCGCAGGCGAAGGCACAGCCCGAUGUGGAUGUGUCACUCAAUGGAGCCGCCGGCCAUCUGAAGCCCAAUGAGCGGGUCAUCGCGGCCACGGCUGCGCCCACCGACGCCUCGGCCACCAGCGAGACCUUCCACAAGCGCCGCAUUGUCGUCAACCAUCCGUUCCAAACGGUUCGCGAGGUGGUCGAGCACGAGCCCUUCACCAACUACCACCAGAUCCAGGUGAACGAGCCGGCUCCUCCGUCGCACUACCACCAGGCCUACUACCAGCCGGCGCCGCAGACCCACGGGAGUUUGGUCCACUUCCAGACCUCGUCCACCCACGGCAACCUAUUCACGCCCUACGGAUGAGCUGGGACUAGAGGAGCCUGCGCAGCCGAUCUACGAACGAACACGGACAAUGCAUUUCCUUUGUUAAUUGUUAUCUUAGUUGUAGGUUAGCUCCUAGGCUAGAACCCAAAACCGGUGGAAGGGCCCUUUCCAUGAUGACCCUGAUCUUCUUUCGCCUUAAUUCGAUUUAAACGCCCUAGGCUAAGUGCAGUCUACUUGCCAACAAUAAAGUGCAUACAAAAU